GGGAAGUGAAGGGUGAUCUGCAGGGUGGAAAAGCCUUAAAAAUCCGCCAUCCGAAACGCAUGUACCUCGGCAAACCAAAACCAGUAGCCCAGCCAAACCUUUGAACAUGGAUGCAGAUCGACAUUAACCGGAGGAUGUCGGUGCCUGACUCAAUGGACCAGCUGAAGCAUUACAUGGAGACGCGCCGAUCAGGGUCUCCAGGCAUAUCUCCUGCACAGUCCUUCGGAUGUGAAAAUACGAGAAGAUAGGACCGGCCUCAAUUUUAGGACCAUCGACUCCUUCAUAUUUGAUCCAGGCCCUUGAGCACCUACCGGCGCUGUCCAGAUACUCAAUCAUUCGGACCAGCAGGAGAAAAUCCACCGACCAAGAAAUCUCCUCACCAUGCGCACAAUCGCCCUGCUGCUGACCGCCGCGCUUCCUGCGCUCGCCGCGAGCAGUGCCAACAGCGAUGCGGUGGCUGUGUGCGAGUAUUUGUACACCACAUACCCCCAAUACACCGUCUGGGAUCCCUCCGGACCCGAUGCUCUGCAGACUUUCUGGAAUCAAUCCUAUUAUAACCAGGCAGUGUCCGAGUACUGGAAUGGGGUCAACGCGCUGAAUCGACCUGCCUGUACCUUCUUCCCCGCCAACGCCCAGCAAGUGGCGACGGCCGUGCAGCAGCUCAACCAGCACCCCGAUGCUCCCUUUGCCCUCAAAUCCGGCGGCCACAACUUCAACGUUGGCUUCUCGAGCACUAAGGGCGGGGUGUUGAUCUCCUUCCACGAGAACCUCUCCUCCAUCACCCGCAACCCGGACGGCCAGUCCUUCGACGUCGGGCCCGGUGCGCGCUGGGGCGACGUCUACGCCGUGACCGAGAAGACCAACCAGGUUCUCGUCGGCGGACGACUGGCCAACAUUGGCGUUGCGGGCUUCACUCUCGGCGGCGGCCUCUCCUACUACUCCGCUCAAUACGGCCUCACCUGCGACAACGUCCUGAACUUCGAAGUCGUCCUCCCGAACGCGACCAUCGUCAACGCCAACCGCACCUCGCACGCGGACCUCUGGUGGGCGCUGCGCGGCGGGGGCAACCGCUUCGGCAUCGUGACGAAAUUCACCUUCCAAGCGCAUCCUCUCGGGGACGAGGGGCGCAUCUGGGGGGGGAUUCGCGUGUACGCGGCCGAGAAACGCCAGGCCAUCUUCUCCGCCCUGGCGGAGUUCAUCCGCGACUACCCGGACGCCAAAGCGGCGGUGAUCCCGACCUUUGACUUCGGGCUGCCGGACGCGGUGAUCUCCAACCCGAUGCUGUUUUUCUUCUAUGAUGGGGCGAGGCCGCCCGCGGGGGCCUUCGCGGGGCUGGAUGCGAUCGAGGCGCUGAUGGACGGGACGAACACGACGAGCUACACGGAUCUGGCGAAUCAGGCGGGCGGGGCGAAGAUCUAUGGGAUCAAGGCGGCGGCGAGGGUGAAUACCUUCCCCAACCUCUCGCCGCAGAAUGUCUCGGCCUUGCUGGAGGCGCAUUGGGAGACGUACCAGGCGAUGAUCAAGAAUGAUUCCAGUCGCCAGAUUGAUCUUCAGAUCGGGACCUUCACGCCGCAGCCGCUGUCCGUGCGCAUUGCCCGCGCCUCGCUGGCUCGGGGCGGGAAUGCCUUGGGGUUGCGCCCGGAGCAUGGCGAUCGCUUCUGGGUGGAGAAUGAUCUGAUUUGGAUCAAUGAUCAGUGCGAUGAAGCCUGUCCGGGGUAUUUGAAGGAGGUCGGGGAUCGCCUGGAGGCGGUGUUUAAUGAGACCUUGCGGGGGGAGAAGCCGACGAAUUAUCAGGCCGGGGAGGUGGAUUUUGUUUCGACAAAUCCGUUGUUCAUGAAUGAUGCGGCGGAUGAUCAGGAUGUCUAUGCCAGUUAUGGGCCGGAGAACCAGGCUCGGCUGGAACGCAUCGCGAGAGCGUAUGAUCCCACCCGAUUUAUGUUUCGACAAGGGGGUUGGAAGUUGUCAAGUUGAGAUUACCUUCUGCUGCACGAGAUCUUCUUCUUCUGGCGGGUUUACAGAUGGAGAAAGUCGGAUACGGGUCCGUGAUUGUGCUUCUGCCUAUGUGAUAUAGUAUUCACAAUGAGACUUUCGUGGGAAAUGCCUCACUUCGCUUGG